CCAGCGCCGCGGCGGGAAAACCCGAUCGGACCGACGGUGCUGCCGUCUCCUUCUUCCACCUUCGCACUCCCGCGUGGUGCGGCUCACCGUGAUGGAGGAGGGGGAGGAAGCCGAGGAGCAACAGCGAUUCUCCUACCAGCAGAGGCUAAAGGCUGCAGUUCACUAUACAGUUGGUUGUCUUUGCAAAGAAGUUGAGUUGGACAAAGAGAUGCCAUUCAGCAAACAGACCAUCGCAGCAAUUUCGGAGCUGACUUUUCGGCAGUGCGAUAAUUUUGCCAAAGACCUUGAGAUGUUUGCAAGACACGCGAAAAGAAGCACAAUUAACACCGACGAUGUGAAGCUCUUAGCGAGGAGGAGUAAUUCACUGCUAAAAUACAUCACAGAGAAGAAUGAGGAGAUUGCUCAGUUUAAUCUAGAACGAAAAACAAAGAAGAAAAAGAAAUUGGAGGAUGGAAACAAAAACCCCAGGGAGCACGCAGACGAAGAGAUGGUAGAGUGAGAGCGAAGUGCUUUCUCUGCUGUGGAAUAAGGCGGCCUUCAGCAGGUAGAGCUGCCUCAGCCCUGAGUAGUGUCACCAAGGGAAUCCUUUCUUCCUUUUUUUCCAGGAGUAGCAAAACUAUUGGAAUGUGGCUAAGGGCCGAAUAGGCAGCCUUGCCAAGAGGCAGAGGCUGCUGCUGCCUGUGCUGGUGUGGGCUUGGGGACAGGCUUUAAUGGUGUUACUUGAGAUUCUUCUGAUUGGCUGCUGCUUGCCCAUGGGCCUUGCUGAUUGGUUGUUUCUCUCUCUCUGAACAUGGUUUUGACUUCCUUGGUAUUUUAUUCCCACCAUGCCUCCCUCUGUAAGGGGAACUUUACUCCACAUACCCCUCCCCUCCACCCCCCCCC